AUGCGCUUCACCACUCAAAUCCUCACCGGGGCUGCCGCUCUCACCAACACCAUGGGUGCCCUCGCCGGCCUAGCCACCACCACUCACUACAGCGACGGCCUUCAAGGCGCCUGCGGCUGCGGCAACAACGCAGGCACCUUCGACUGGCAAUACGGGAUCACAUCCGGCGUCUACACCGCGGCCGCAAGCCAAGGCCUCUUCGACGGCGGCGGGAUGGAACACUGGUGCGGCUCGGGCUGCGGCAAAUGCUACCGUCUCACCUCGACCGGUGUAUCCAGCUGCGAAACCUGCGGCAACGGUGGCGAGGGCGGGAAAUCCAUCACGGUGAUGGUGACGAACCUUUGCCCGUUCGUGGGGAACGAGCAGUGGUGUCCGCAGCCGGGCUCGCUGAACCCGCAGGGAGACGGCUUGCCCUGGGGGUGCUGGGUUGAAGUGGAGGACUUGUGA